AAUGUUAUGAACAAAAACAGUACAAAAAUGGACUCAAGUUCUGCAAGAUGAUCCUCUCUAACCCAAAAUUCGCUGAGCAUGGAGAGACGCUCGCAAUGAAGGGACUGACCUUGAACUGCCUUGGGAAGAAGGAAGAAGCAUAUGAAUUUGUUCGUAAAGGACUUCGUAAUGAUGUAAAGAGUCAUGUCUGUUGGCAUGUCUAUGGUCUUUUGCAACGUUCUGAUAAGAAAUACGAUGAAGCCAUCAAGUGUUACCGGAACGCGCUCAAACUAGACAAAGAUAAUCUUCAGAUCUUGAGAGAUCUCUCUCUGUUGCAGAUUCAGAUGAGGGAUUUAGAAGGAUAUAGAGAGACAAGAUAUCAGCUACUUCAGCUGCGCCCCACACAACGUGCUUCCUGGAUUGGGUAUGCCAUUGCAUACCACUUGCUAAAAGAUUAUGAUAUGGCCUUAAAACUACUUGAAGAAUUUAGGAAAACCCAACAGAUUCCUCCUAAUAAAAUAGAUUAUGAAUAUAGUGAGCUGAUUUUAUAUCAAAAUCAAGUGAUGAGAGAGGCAGACCUAUUUCAGGAGUCUUUAGAACAUAUAGAAACAUAUGAAAAGCAAAUAUGUGAUAAAUUAAUAGUAGAAGAAAUCAAAGGAGAGAUGUUACUGAAGUUGGGAAGAUUGAAAGAAGCUGGUGAGGUAUACAAAGAGUUAAUUGAGCGCAAUGCAGAAAACUGGUGUUACUAUGAAGGUUUGGAAAAGGCCCUACAACCCAGCACUUUAGAAGAGAGGCUUCAGAUUUAUGAAGAAGUUAGUAAAAGACAUCCCAGAGCAGUUUCACCUAGAAGAUUACCUUUAAACUUUGUUUCAGGUGAAAAGUUUAGAGAACUAAUGGAUAAGUUCCUGAGGGUUAACUUCAGUAAAGGCUGUCCACCCUUGUUUACCACUUUGAAAUCUUUAUAUUACAAUCCAGAAAAGGUUUCUACAAUCCAAGAACUUGUUACUGGUUAUGAAGCCUCUUUGAAAACUUGUGACCUUUUUAGUAUAUGUGAGAACGGAGAGAAAGAGCCCCCAACGACACUGCUUUGGGUUCAGUAUUUCCUGGCACAGCACUUUGACAAACUUGGCCAGUGUUCUUUGGCUUUGGAGUAUGUUAAUGCUGCCAUUGCAAGCACUCCAACAUUAAUAGAACUGUUCUAUUUAAAAGCAAGAAUUUACAAGCAUGUAGGUAACCUCAAGGAAGCUGCCAAAUGGAUGGAUGAAGCCCAGUCUUUGGAUACUGCAGACAGGUUUAUCAAUUCUAAAUGUGCUAAAUACAUGCUGCGAGCAAAUAUGGUGAAGGAUGCAGAGGAGAUGUGCUCUAAAUUCACAAGGGAAGGAACUUCUGCUAUGGAAAACCUAAACGAGAUGCAGUGUAUGUGGUUCCAGACUGAAUGUGCUGCAGCUUAUCAAAGGCUAGGGAAGUAUGGUGAUGCCUUGAAAAAAUGCCAUGAAGUAGAAAGGCAUUUUUUCGAGAUAACGGAUGAUCAAUUUGAUUUCCACACAUACUGCAUGAGAAAGAUGACUCUUCGUGCCUAUGUAGAUCUUUUGAGAUUAGAAGAUGUGCUCAGGAAACAUGCCUUCUACUUCAAGGCUGCUCGAUCAGCAAUUGAAAUCUACUUGAAGCUCCAUGAUAAUCCUCUUACCAAUGAAAGCAAAGAACAAGAAGUGAAUUCAGAAAAUCUCUCAGCCAAAGAACUGAAGAAAAUGCUUAGCAAGCAAAGAAGAGCACAGAAGAAAGCAAAACUUGAAGAGGAAAGAAAACAUGCAGAAAGAGAGCGACAACAAAAGAAUCAAAAGAAAAAGCGAGAUGAAGAGGAGGAGGAAACUAGUGGACCUAGGGAAGAGCUAGUUCCUGAAAAACUGGAAAGGGUAGAAAAUCCAUUAGAAGAAGCCAUUAAGUUCCUUAUACCACUUAAGAAUCUUAUUGGAGAUGACAUAGAAACACAUUUAUUAGCAUUUGAAAUAUACUUUAGAAAAGGAAAGUUUCUGUUGAUGUUGCAGUCUGUCAAAAGAGCUUUUGCUAUCAACAGUAAUAACCCAUGGCUACAUGAGUGCUUGAUUAAAUUCUCUAAAGCUGUAUCUGACCAUAGUAAUCUCCCAGAAAUUGUGAGCAAGGUCCUAACUCAAGAAAUGCAGAAAAUCUUCGUUAAUAAAAACUUGGAAAGUUUUAAUGAAGAAUUUCUCAAACACAAUGCUACCUCCAUUCAGCACCAGCUGUCAGGUGCAAAGAUGAUGUAUUUCCUGGACAAAUCAAGACAAGAAAAAGCAAUUGCUGUUGCUACUAGGUUGGACAAAAACAUGAAAGACAGAAAUGUGAAGACAUUAACAAAGGUUUUUGAGGCCCUGCUUGAUGGCAGUUUUGGAAGCUGCCACACUCAAUGUGAAGAAUAUCAAGCAGCAUGUCAUAAACUGUUUCCUUUUACGUCUGCCUUUAUGCCUGCCACAAACGAGGACGAUAGCAGCAUUGCUUCUGUGAAUCAUACAGCCAUUAACCAUGAUUUGCUGUCUAAUGAAAUCUGAAGCAGUGGGUGCAAGCCCGUGUGCCUGGAUACCCACAUGCACACAUGUGUACAAAACUCUGACUCUCAUUACAUGCUGGCUGGAUACAGAUCAGGGUUACUUUUCCAGGUUGUAUUUUAAUAUCUUUAACAGGUAUAAAAAUAUUUGGAUAGUUAAAUGAAAUGGAGUAUGCUAUUAGUUAUUUUUUUCUCCCAACAAAAACUGCCAAUAUUUAUGUAAACGUUAUCCUUAAUCAGCAUUUUUCAUGUUUAUACUUGUACAGUUUUAAGUCUUUUAAUAAUCCAUCAGCCCUCCCUCACAAAAAAUUAUGGAUGUUAAAGACUGCUCUCACGUAAGUGUCAUUACAUAUACAAAUAAAUAUGAUCAUAUCUUGUUAAUAAAUUAUAAUUUGAACGGUUUUAGCAGAUUA